GCCUAGCAUUUUUUGUGGUGCGCCGAGAAGGCCCGAAUGAAUAAAAUCAAAAUCUGUACUGUUUUCUCGAUCAAAACACCUUCCUUCUCUGAACUUCCAAGUUCCAACAUCAUCGUUCAUCGAUUAAAACCUAGGCUUUCUCUCUCUCUCUUGUUUAUUUCACAUCCGAUUCAGACAUUUUAACUUUCUCCCCCGAAGCUGUGAGCAGCUUCUGAUUUAGCAUUGCCAUUUGCUAUUCAAAUUUGAGGUGAUUAUUCCAAUCAUCGAAGAUUUGUAGAAGCCCAGAAUAUAUUAGCAUCAACACUUCUACCCAAGACUCUUUCUUUCUUUCCUUCUUUUCUUAUAAUCUCUAUUCUUUUAAGUUUCAGCUCAGAAAGGGUGAUCCGUAUUAAACCCAUUGUUGUGGUACAAGUUUUCGUAUUUAAGACAAACCCGAUCUUCUUGGUCACCAACACCUUGAACUGGCUUCCGAAAAUCAUUUCUUUUCUCAGAAACUUUGACUUUGAAUUCUUUCUGUUUAUGCUAAUGACAUGCUCCCGGUCUUAUAUAAGAGGGCAAUGAAGAACUCUGGAUCUGGGAAGAAAUGGCUAUAUGCACUCUUCUCCGCAGCAUUCAUAUCAGCUCUCAUAUUGUUGUCCUCGAUCACUGGUUUUAGUUCAUCUAACUAUGCAUUUUCAUCAGAUAGCCCCUUUGCAUCCACUGUCCACCGCGGGCCCGGGCAUCCUCCUGCAUUUGCCUACUACAUAUCUGGCGGUAAGGGAGAAGCAGAGAGGAUGUUUAGGCUAUUGUUAGCAGUUUAUCACCCUAGGAAUAGAUAUAUGUUGCAUAUUGGGGCUGAUGGGAAUGAGGAGGAGAGGAUAAAAUUGGCAGUCAUGGUGAAGUCAGUACCAGCAAUUCGGGCUUUUGGGAAUGUGGAUUUGGUUGGGAAACCCGAUCCCGUGACCAAUAUGGGAUCCACAAGCCUUGCGGCAGUUUUGAGGGCCGUGGCUAUUUUGUUGAAGGUGGAUAGUGGAUGGGAUUGGUUCGUUACUCUUAGCACACGGGAUUAUCCUCUGGUUAGCCAAGAUGGUAUGCUUUCUCACAGUUGAAUUUGACUUUUUCGAGCUAUCCCAUGUCUUCUCAAAGGUUAGGAGAGAUCUGAAUUUUAUUGAUCACUCCAGUGAUCUUGGAUGGAAAAUGGAUCAAAGAAUCCGUCCAAUAGUUGUUGAUCCAGGGAUUUACUUGGCUAGGAGGACCCAAAUCUUUUAUGCAACUGAAAAGCGACCCAUGCCUGAUUCAUUUACAGUGUUCACAGGCUCUCCUUGGGUUAUAUUAAGCCGUUCCUUCCUCGAGUUCUGCAUUUUUGGUUGGGACAAUCUUCCAAGAACCCUACUGAUGUAUUUUACAAAUUCUCUUUUGUCACAAGAAGUCUAUUUCCAUUCUGUUAUUUGCAAUUCUUUAGAGUUCAAGAACACAACAGUCAAUAGCAAUUUGAGAUAUCUUGUGUGGGAUAAUCCGCCUAAGAUGGAACCCCAUUUCCUAGACAAAUCAGAUUACGACGAUAUGGUUCAAAGUGGUGCUGCAUUUGCAAGACAGUUCGAGAGAAACGGGCCGGUUUUGGAUAUGAUUGACAAGAACAUCCUCAACCGUAGCCAUAACCGAGUCACUCCAGGCGCAUGGUGCACUGGCCGGGACACGUGGUUAAUGGACCCAUGCUCCCAAUGGGGAGAUGUCAAUGUUGUUAAAUCAGGACCAAUAGCAAAAAGACUAGGGGCGUCUGUAGACAAGCUUCUCGAGGAUUGGCAGUCACAGUCGAAUCAAUGCAAGUGAUGAGGGGAAAACUUCGACACUCCUGGAAAACCUAGUACUCUCGUGAUGUGUCAUGUGGAUAGUUUGUGGGGUCACUUAAACAACUCUCGUCAAGAUGACCCCAUAAAUCACACACGCGACGAAUGUUCAUUGGCUAGAGCACCGAGCGCUCAGUGUUUCUGUAGAUUUUUGUGGUCUUUUGUAUACAAUUCUUUUGUAGGAGACUCUUCUCUUGGUGCAAGGGGCCAAAAUUAAAAAUUUGAAUAAAAGUGCAAGGGUUGGUGGGGGUCUGGAGGGUUUGAAGACGUUUCAUGCGGAUUACUGAACCAAGACAAGAAGAGUCUAUCAAUGUAACUUAUAUGUACGAAAGUAAAACACUUGUAAGUUGUAACCUAUUAGUUUGUUCACUCAAUCUCUUGGUAAAACAAUUGUAAGUUUCUUUUUUUCUGACGCAAACACGCAAUUACACUUUCUGUACCGGUUAAGAACCUGAACGAUGUAUGUUAUUACGUGAUUUACGGCCAGUUGGGUGAGAGGAGCUAGAGAAAAUACACAAGAUGAAGAAAGAACAUUU